CCCGCUACCUUCCUAAGCAUUGUAGAUAUCGUCACCAAACUUCAAGGACCCGUUCGGGAAUCGGACAUUAUUUUCAAACAUUGUGGCCAAUUUGUUCAUGCAGAUUUCCAGUUUGUUUGCCACAGUAUAUAUACUGUACGGUCUACAUGCAUUCCAAUUUCCAAGUUUAAUUUUGAUGCCUAGGCUCGUUGAAAGAUUGCUCUAAUUCCUAUUAAUGUAUACGUUAUUAAAUCCUGCUUGAGCCGAAUUUCCCAAUGCAGGGUCAACACAGCAGCAUGCUAAUUUAUAUACCGCACUACAUCUAUCUACCAUAGUGCUACUCCUGAUUUCGCUGCCCUGCAGCGCGCCAGUCGCUGCCACUGGACGGACACGGCCACAGAGCGUUCCGUCUUAUCUGUGUUCCUGUCGGGGAUGGUAUAUAUCUACAGCGGCGUCGGCCGACCUCAGUCAGUCCGGGAGAGUCGGAGCAGCCAGCAGCCAUGUCACGACCACAGACAUAUUGUGUGAGAAGAGCCGAGUGGAUAAGGAAUAUGUAUAGAGGUAUUAACUGGGAAGUGAGAACUAUUGUGGAGAAGUACGGAUCAUGUGCACAUUUGAUACCGGACACUCUGCUACUGGCACUGGACCUUGUGGGCAACCACUCUGCUGGGUAUCAGGCCUACUGUACCAUGUCUGAGGUAACCCGCGCUGUCGACAGGCUGGUAGAAGAACCGCUCAUGUCAGCCCUGGUGGAUCUCAAUGACGCCGCCGCCGCCCGGUGUCGACACUGCCAGCCCGACCAGCCCCUCAGGAUAGCCUCCAUCAAUGGAUCGGGCAGCAGUGUCGAGGGUCUGGAUGACGGGAGAGUCGGCCAAGGGGCGACGUCGGAUUUUGAUCUGAUGUUCGAGUUUGACGGUCCCUUCCGCUGGGCGGCGCCCGGAAAGAGAGAGGAGCCGGCCGUUGUUACUCCACAGUCUGCACCACAGCUGUGGGCCCGACCGACCAAAAACCCAGGUUUCGUGACGCUGCACUGGGUCAAGACGACAAAGUGCUGCCACGAGAAGGCACUGGAGGCACUGCCGGCACACACCAUGCGCAAUCUCAUGCUGGACUUUUCUCGGGUUAUUAGAGGGGGGGCCAAAUCAGCACCGCCGGACCGGCGGUCAAUGUCAGGUCAUCAUAUGAUGUUACAGACGGCGGUAUUGACUUCGUGCCCUGUAUCCUUGCGCGUGGGUGGUGGCCGGCAGAAGACCAGCUCGACGGCUGUCACCUGGUGCACGACUUUCCACCAACGGCGGCACGGGAUGAAAUCCGUAAUUUCGGAGUUCACCUCGUGCCGACCGGCCGGCCUGGCAGUGACACCGAGGUUAUCGAGCUUCGGAUUUCCUACUCACGGGCGGAGCUGGUCGCCGUUCGCCACCUCGCUUCAGUCAUACGGGCGGCUAUCAAGGCUGUAAAAGAGAUGAAAGGCAUUCUGAAAAAGAACGAGGUGAUGGGCGAUGAGGUGAAAUUAAAGUCUUAUUUUAUAAAGACAGCUGGGCUCUGGUUGGCCCAAACUACGCCCCCUCGAAUGUGGAAAGGCAUCGCUGAUUGUGUCUACAAAAUACUUGAUUGGCUAGAGGAAAACCUUACCAAUGGGAGACUACCUUGCUUUUUCGAUCACAACAUUGAUGUGGCGGCUGAACUCAGCACAAAAGAGCGACGGGAUAUCAUCGACACCAUACGUCUGAUAAGGGAGCAUGCCACGCUCCUUCUGAUGGCAGUCUGUGUGGAUCAGUGGUGGAACGUGGAUCUGCUGCUGGAGGGCGGGACGGAGCCGCUCUCAGAGCGUGAGUUGCGGCUCCGUCUGGGACGGACGCUCGUCUGGCAGGCUGUACUGGAUGGUGUCGUUUUCCGCCCCACGGCUCCGUGGUGGGAGAUCUGGUUGAAGCAGUUCAUCCCUCGGCUGGUCCGCACGGCACCACUUCUACUACAGUGGUUUCACUACAGCACUACAACACACAUCCAGCAGUGUUACCUGUUCAUGGCGUGGGCUGUGGUCGACCCGGCGGACCUGGUAGGCGGGACAGUGAUGACGUCACCAGUCAGCGACAUCGUCACGCUGGACGUAACGCCCCUGAUACAACUCCUCACCAGGUCUGACCUGGAGCUUCUGCUGGGUGACCCGGACAGAGUGGCCACCUGGUGUAGUCAGCAGCUGCGGCGGCCACUGGAGGAGCGGCCGGUCGGACUGACCGCCGAGCUGGACACGCCGCGGGGCCGUGCCGAGCUGCUGCUGCGGCCCGAGCUGCUGCUGCAGGCUGUCCGCGUGAACGCACCGGGUAUAAUGGACGUGUGGCGGGAUAUAGACCGGAGAAAGAAGAACGACUGGAUGAGUAACUACCUACCAAUGUGUUCCUACCAGGGGACCCGGGAGUGGUUGGAGCGGUUCUUGGACAUCAACCUUCAUAGGCAGCUCCAUCACCGACUGCCAGAGAUGGACGCCGCGUCUGUGGCCGCCACGGCCGGCCUCUGGCGCCGCCGGCUGCAGCAGCUGCUGUCCGGUGACCGGCUGCGAACGGCCUAUGACGCCGUCACCGGCUGGUGGCCGGACCGAUGGGAGAUGACGCCGUACUACCUGGCGGUGGACGAGACCGACUCAGAAGACUCGGAUGACGACGACGGAGAGGCCGGUGGCGAGGAGCGGCGCGGCCCAGACGAGGAGCAGACAGUGGAGGGUCUGCCUCGCCCUCAGCGAGAGAAAUGGCAGCAGCUGGAGCGACAGCACCAGCAGCUGUUUCAGGAGCUGGACCGGCGGGGCUACAAGAAGAAGAAGAGUCUGAACCAGCGGCAUGAUGAGGAGUGCCGGAGUCUGGAGCGACGUCAUGACAAAAAGUGGCGGAGCAUGGAAGAGCGGCACCAUGACGAGCUGAAGAGGCUCCACCAACGACACGAGAGUGCUACCAGGUGCGUGGAGCUUCAGAACCCGGGGCAGGCGCAGCAGGAAAGACGUCAGAGGCAUUUGGAGCUUCUAAAUAGGAGAAAGCGAAGAAAGUCGGAAGAGCUGGAGCGACAGCACCAGAUAGAGUGGGGAGACCUGGCGCAGAAGGUCCAGAGGCAGUGGAACAAGAUGAAGCGGAGACACCAAAGCGAGUCACAAGAGCUGAAGGAGAGGUACCCGAACAUCUGGACAGGGGAGGAGUUGGACCGGCUGCUGGAGGAGUGCAGCAGGAGGCGUCAGCAGUUGGGGAAGGAGCUGGGGAAGGAACUGGAGUUGGAGCUGGAGUUUAAGGAGGAACCCAGGAAGAGACAGGAGAAGGACCUGGAACUGGAAGAGGAGGAGGAAGAGUCAUUGGUGCGAGACCCCAAGAACCAUGAGAGGCAACAGAAACAGCAACAACAUGGCCAACGACAACAGCAGCAACAACAACAACAUCAAGAAGAAGAACAACGUCAGAGGCGGCAGCCGAGCCGGAACGUUGAACAUCUCAGGAACCUAAUAGAGGUCACCCGAAGACACCGCCAGCAGCGUAUCCAGCUUCAGGAGCGGCAUAACCAGGAGCUGGAGGAGCAGAGCAGACGUCACCGGCAGGAGAGGAAGGAUCUGGAGCGGCGCCUCGGCUGUCGGCGGGACAGCCAGGAGCGGCGCCACAGAAAGUGACCGACGAUGUCAGCAGAGUCGCGGACCACCCCGAGGAGGCGCCACUACGGAGAACAAGUCGAGGGUCAGACAUUUGUGGUGUCAAUUAAGUUCAAAAUGUGUCGACUGUGUAAAUAUUGGAAAUAGAAAAUACAUUGAAUAAUAUUGUAUAUCAUCACCGUUCCAUGGAACACAGGAAACAAAUAUAUACAUAGGUGAGUGUUGGUAUCAGUAUGUACAAAAUGGCGAUGUUCACGAUGUUCAUAACGUGUAAAUAAUUGUACAUUGGAUGUGUUACAGGGUGACGUAUGUUGUUAUACAAGUACAAAUUGUUGUUCGAUGAUGUCAUUUAUUGAAAUGGGCUCAGUGAACACUCACUGUUGUUUAUGAUACUGAUGUCCGUGAACACUCACUUUUUAUGAUACAUGUCUUGUGUAAUAUGCAUUCUUGUAAAAACUAUGUAGACAUUAGGAGGUGUACCGAUCGGUACAUACAUACGAAUCUGUACCGAAUUAUUACAUGGUAACCGUUGGAUGUGGUGGCCACUGGAUGAAGUGUCAAUAUAAUAUUAGCCAGCCACGA